AUGUUUUCCUUCCCCGACGGCAUGACAUCGCUCGAAGCUGCGCUUGGCGUGAUUGAGAGGACAGUCACCGCUGAGAGUGCGCUAUGGCAGCAGUGUGCAGACUACGCAAACGGCGUGUCCAAGGAGGACCCGGUCUUUACCAAGAUGCUGUACGACAGGGGUGAGACACUGAAGAGAAUGCAGAAGUUGGUGCAUUGGAUGGUCCGUGAGGACAUCCUACCGUCUACCUCAUCAAAGUUCUCGAACGAGACGGGUCCUGCCUCUGACAACGAGAGUGCGGUGUCGGCUCUGGCGUGGAUCGACAAAUCCCUCGACUCGAUGUCCUGGCAGGCUACCACUGAGAUCGAGAAGGCUCAAGCGCAGACGAAGAGAGGUCAAAUCAUGGACACGAUCUCCGGCGCUCUUUCGAGUGGGGUACUGGACAAGCACGAAGCCGAACAGCGCUUGCAGAAGUUGGCCGAGAGUUGCGCCACUCUUGGUACCUACUGUGCGCAUAUGGCGCAGAGUCUGCAAAAAGUCAGCGACUAUGCCACUUUCGUCAAGCUCGGACGCCGAGGCAAAGCGAAGGGCGGUCCAGCCGCAGGAGCAUCUGAGAGACCCUUUGGUGCGACCCGCAUCGAAGGGGAGCGCGUGCUCCAUCUGACCGACAAAGAGAUGAGCGAUGCCAUUUUCAAGCUCUACAGUUACACCAUCUUCUCGACACUCGGAGGCGACAUGUAUCGGUACAUUCCGGCGAUCCGCUCUGUUCAGCAACAGGAAUACAGGGACUACUGGGCGCAGCUUGACUACUACGGGCCCCAGCUUGAGUCUUGGCGCAAAUGGAUCGAGACGGCUCGAGCAUCGCAAGCUACUGAGCUGGAGAAGACCGUGGAGACGAACGAAGGAGAGGGAGUAGCUUGA